ACGUACGACGCUGCGACGUCGCUGUGCAACAUGACGAACCUCGCGCCGGAAAACGUCACGACGAGGGCAGCGCCCGGCGCCAUCACGCUCUUCAAAUUCGGUACAACCGACGUCGCUGCUUCUCACAUCUUCGUGACCAACGCAAAGACCUAUCGAGCAUCUGAGCAAAAUGCUACUUGUGCUGCAGAGAACGGCCGGCCUCUUGUCAUCAAAACAGAAGAGCAGCUUCAGGCAGCUCAACAGGCCGUUAGAUAUAAAGGCGAGCGGUAUCGUAAUGUCCGAUACGCUUGGCUGACAGCCACUUUCACGUCGGGUAAAGUUCUCCAGUGGCCCGACAAGACAAAUGUCACCCAGUGCCUCAAUACCUCAGUCAUAGUCGGCUUGUUCAAUGAACACUACAGCAUGCUGAGCGAAUAUGGAAAUUUUGUUGACAGCACGUCUCCAACUGCAAAUGAUUAUCCUGUGUUGUGUUACAACUAAAGAAGAACAUAUUCAACGGCCUUAAGUCGACAACUGAGACCAUCAGAACAACUGUCACGUAUCAGCAAUUAAAACCUACGCAGCGCACACGAUCAGUGAGUGCCAUAUUGCUGCUCUUUGUUGCAGUGUGUCGCGUGAAGAGUUACGGCGAUAAGCUGCAGCUCGCCAGGAUAACUUGAACCAUCGACGAUGAAUGUUGAUGAUCAACGUUGAUCAUUAGUUGCUACAUAUUAGGCUCUUAAUCAAUGCACUUUCUGCCCCAGGCGUUGAAACAUUGAAGUUCAAUGUUAAAUUCAAUUUUUCAGAGUGAAAAUUCCUUGUAAACAAAUACUCGCAUUUCAAAUAACAAGUAAACUUUACAACUGAAACUAAAAAUACGACUACACUAAGCUCGCUAUCUAAGAUUUCGUUUAAUUCUACCCAAAUAUGCUAACUUUCACUAUUCAAAAACGGCGAAGUAUUUAAUUUUAAUUCAACUUAUGGCAGCGUUUUUCAACGCUGCAAUACUCGCUCAGUUUUCACACACGUGUGAGCACGAUUGCAUAUAAUUUAAUAAAUAUCAAAUGGAGUUGCAAAAAAAAUUUUUGAAUAGUGAUAUCGUAUUAAAAUUUUCAGGAAAGUUUCCAGUUCUCUUUCUAAAAUUACAUGCGUCUAUUAUCUGAACAGCAUUUUGCUGAAAUAAACAACCUACGCAUAUUCUAAUUUCCUAAUUAGUAGCACAUCUAUUCAAAAAUUAGUCAAAUGAUAAAAAUAUAAGCGACGGAUUUGGUACUCGUCAUUUGCUGGCAAAAAAUCUCGUCAUUCUUAUUUUUUCUCUACUAUUCGCGCGAGAGUUAAACUUGUCUACCUAUCUGCUAUCUGGUAAGAAAAUUGUCUGCUCCUCUUUUCACAGUGCACAGU